AUGUUUCGGAGGUAUUGGAAGGCUGCAGAGUCAAGAUUACGUGAUCUCAAGAGGAAGGAGGAGGCGAAGCGGCAGGAUGCUUAUCUUGAUCAAAUUUAUCGAGAGAGAAUAGCUGAAAAAGCUCGGAAUGGGGAGGCGCACGGUGGUGCUGAAGAUGAGAAUGAGAUGGACUGGGAUCCUAUUGAGGAUGUUCUGGAUGAUAACAGAGGGAGUUACAUUGAUCUCAUACAGAAUUUCCUCUGGAUGGCUGUGCUAGAUGACAGGGUCGACGAUCUAGUUCAACAAGAAAAUACUCCCCCUGCCACGCCAGCCGAGGAACCACCAACGCCAGUUGAGACAUCCCAAGAGCCAGCAACGCCUCAACCCAUUAAACCCUCCCACUCUUCCAAAAAGGCGAAAGCCAAAAAGAAGAAAUCCCAAACUCCUUCCAAAAAGCCCUCAUCGCCCGAGGCCCAAUCACAGAAACCCGACAAAACCCUCAUCGAAUCUAAAUCCGAGAUGUACGAACGUCUAACCCAAGGCGUCGACUUCGAAAGCAGCCGAGUAAAAGGCAUGCGCAUCGCCGGUACUAUCGAAAACCCGGUCAUAACAACCAAAACCAUUACCUUCCCCGAAGAUGAAACCGCGCGACUCCUCUCUGAAAUCUCUGAAAUCAAGAACUUGCUCUUCUGUCGUCUCGUUCUAGGUCACGCGGCGCUUCUACCUGCAGCACUUCGUGCGAAUUCCGUCGAGGAAUUCCUCGCCGACGAGGAAGUCACUGCUAGUGCGCUGCGAGAUCUCUGCUUGAAAAUGGAGAAUCCCGGGUUACAGGAAACCCGCGAUGCGUGCGCUGAUCUCUUUCGUGCUGACGAGGAACCCGAAGAGGAAGACGUCGAUAUCGUGAUGGCAGACGAGGGGGUCAAAGAGGCGGAUGAAUACGACGAUAUUUUCAAGCCGAAGAAAGGAAAAGGAGCGUUACCAGAUAAAUGGCUCCCGAAGCGAGAUGUGAAGAAAGCUAUCCCGGUCAUGGGCGCUCCGAAUGUCACGUACGACACUAUGGUAUGUAGCACUGAAGGAGGUGCGGUUUCUUUUGGGAAGGUGGAAGAUAAUAAGACGCCACGGAAGAAGAUCCGGGUUAAGAUUUGUGGGAGAUCGAUCUGGAAUUAUCCAAGUGAUAAGGCGAUGAGUAGGGGCGGGUGGUUGCAUUUCUGUAUCAUUGCGAAGGAUAGCGACUUGCAUGAUGCUAUUAAGCUCUGUAGGCAUUGGGAUGAGUUUUUUGAGCUGAACAUAUUGGCUAUCUGGGGAUACUUUCCGGGCAAGAAGUGGGCCGAGUGGGUGAGGAAUAGAGGUCGUCAGCAGAUGUUGCAACUUGGCUUCAUCGCCUAUUUCGAGACUCAGGAUCCAGAUGCCAAAGAUCUAACCAUCCAUCGACAACAAGGCGGACGUCGCGGCCCAAAUCGUCGUGCUCAUAUGGUAUUCGAAGCCCGGAAUUGGAUUUGUGCCCACAUCAAACGAGACGAUCAAGCCAGUCGUCGCUUCGUUCAAUACCUUGCCAUGCAGCGUCAUCGUCUACUCGUCCUAGUACGAGAUGCCGAGACAGGCAACCUUGUUCUCAAGCCUCCAGAGGAAGAACGUUGGCUGUGGCGACAGAAGGCAGGGCUUGGGCGAGCUUCAAAGAACGAGUGGGAUGUCAUCAAGAGCGUUGGACCACAGUUCUUUGAGGAUAUGGAGAAGUACCGUGGCUGGAACUUCUCGUUCAAAGAGUACUACGAUGUGUUUGUCUGGGAUUUAGAGCCUGGAGAGUGCUUUCCUGUGCUCUACAACACUGUCCAAGAGAUGAUGUUCAAAGCCCUUCGCUGCAGGAAAGGCGCCGAUAUGUACAACCUCGCAGCACCAAUACUCAAGACCCUCUAUAGCGACAAAAUUACCCAUCGAGUCCGAGAUAUCAAGCCCGGCGAAAAUGCCAUGAGCAUCUACGACGACAUCAAUCAAGCAGAGACCAAAUUCUUCUACAGCAAAAUUGAGGACGACGCAGACAUGGAAGUGCGUCGUGUGUAUGAUGAGCCCGACGUCUUCCCUCCCAACCUCCUUUACAACGAAGCAGAUGUCCUAGAAGAUGCAAUUCUUUUCCCUGAAGAGCUUGCAGCCGACAAGUUGAGUCCGAAGGAUAUUGGAAAGAUCUCGCCGCUUAAGGCUUGGGAGGAUGAGGGCUUCUCGUUUCGGAAGUUUGUGGAAGGUUGGGAGUCGGAAUAUAGCGGGGAAGACUCCGAGGAUGAUGGUAUGGAAUGGGAUACUGAAUCUGGACUCCACAGUGAGGAUGAGGAGGACGAUGAUUCCGAUGGGGAGGAUGAGGACGUGCUCGAACCAGGUGCUAUCCUUUCGGACGACCAUCAUAGCGAAAAUGAGGGCUUACCACUUAGUGAAAGCAAUGGUAAAGCUUUCUCAUUCCCAAAAGCUGACAGAGAGGAGAUCAUCUCUCGCCUGAAAUACUCAGAUGGAUUGAAAGCAGCCAUGCUGAAAAACUUGAAGCGACCAAAAGCUGAAGAGAGGAAUCCCACAGAUCCGCGGGUCAUGCAGGAAGAUUUCAUGACUUUUCUCGACAAGGAAAAAGCCCAAAGUAACAUAUCUACUUCAUCACUAUUCUUCGCUGCCUCUGCUAGCCGAUUCUUUUAG